UUUCAUCACCCGGUCCGGACCGACAGCGGAAGCCUAGCACUAAGUGCAAUCUCCAGCGACAACGGACCCAAAUGCAUGAACGACGAAUUGCCCGGCUUUUUGAUCUCAUUCUUGGUAAGGCCGACCCCGGAUGUAAUCGCUUAUUACGCGAUGAAGCGGGUGAACAAAAGUAAGGAUCGCGAAAGGGUGAACGCUGGAAGCUUAACGCUCCGCCUGAAAGUGGUGGUUCGAUUCCAUCUCCUUACGGCACCGCCACGCGGCGCACAUACUAUACUAAUUCCUUUCUCUCAGGGUAAAGGGUUUGUAGAUGGUUUAAGGAGAGCGCUUCGCACCUUUAUUGAAUUCAGAAAAGAUCAGUCUACAACUCUACAAUUUGGAAGAGGAGCUGCUCUUUCAAUUCCCAGAUCCACAACAACAGAACUUCUUCCACGAAUAGGUCUUCGCCAUAGGGAAGAAAUAGUUGAAGAAACAGUCUGGAUUAGCCCAACUAUUGGGAUACCUUCACGGGCAAGGCUCCAACCUCAAAGCCUGUGCCCUACUUGCUUCCUCUUUAGUGAAGGCGGAGUCGUCCCAUUAACUCCACUUACUUUUGGGCUCUCCCCCGCCCUUACUCUGAUUCUUAUCGCACGAACUCAAUCUUAUCCAACUCCCUUUGGAGUCGAUCUGCUAACAUUGAUGCCAACCCAAGCAAGAGAGGGCCUAGAACUUUCUCUGGAUUUGCCGUCUCCCAAUGGAGAAUGGAGGGGAGGACUUUUUAUUACUCCUAGAGUAGAGCGGUAUCCUUUUCAAAUCCCAGAUACUGCAUUCGUCAUCGAAGCUUCUGCCAAAUAA